UUCUCUUCCUGGAUUUAUAGAAAAAGAUUAAAUUGCAGUCAUUUUCAUAUGAACAUGUAUAUUUUUUUCAUUUUUAUCUAUUAUUUAUUUAUAAGGAUUGGGUGUUGAGGAUAGGAUUGGGUGUUGAUUGUUGCCCCAGGAGGAAGAAGACUUUAGUAACUUUUUAGUCCAUGGAAAAUCAAUUUACACGUGAAAGCUCUAAACUUUGAUGAUUAGGUGAAUGGAUUUGUUUUUGACCAUCAGAUCUGCUUCAUUUAGUUGAGGAUUAGCUGAAACUUAUCUUGAAUUUCUAAUCUUGGGUGUGUAAUUUGUACUUUAAUUUGGUUUUCGUUGUCAAAGUAUUGACGGAUCUGUGGACUAUCUUUGAACAUGUGUAAAAUUCCUCACUAAAUUUGGUUACCCUGUUUCAGUUUGGAUUUACUUUAAAGAAGUGAUGACUUUUUCUAGGCCUCUGAUCAAAAGGAGUUAGGAUUUGCCCUUCUAUUUACAAUAAUAGGAUUUCGGGAAUUGGUGGCAACAAUUUAUGUUGGUAUAAAUUCUGCAGUGGUUUUAGUGUCUUUUCUGACUCUUAUGAGAUUAGGUCUUAGCAUUGACUGGUGGUCAGCUUGUUUCUCUUGUAUCAAUAUUGACUUUUCUGUGCUUUUCUUUUGUUGCUUCCGGCUUUGCUUUGGAUUUGUCUGAUAGAAAUUCGGGAAAGUCUCCUGGGAAGGAAGAAGUUUUGUUUCUACCAGCAAACUCUAACCUGGGUGCACUGCCGAAAAGAAUGGAGCAUUAAGGAUUGUAAGGUUAUGUAGUGAAGAAAGAAAUGUAAGAGCUUAAUGGUAGAGAAGGAAGGGACUUGAUGGAAGAGAUGCCUUCGGCAGUUGCAAUGACAUUUACUGUAGAUAAUCCUAUGUGUGAUAACUCUGGAAUCACAACCCACGUUGGGUUCACUCAGUUCAAGCUGGUAGCAGAAGCUGGAAAUUUACCAUUGGAUCCUUGUAAGUUGGUGUCUGCAGAGUCUAUUUCAUGUGCCAAUGUAAGUUGUAAUACUGCAAAGAGUACAGUUAGCAUGGUGACCAUGUCCGCUCAAGGAGAGAGCAACGGUGGAGCCGAUUUGUUUACAAUAUUACCCGAGAGUGGAAAUAUUCAUGUUAGCAGUGAUGUUAUGGUCCAAGUUAGCCGGGACGAUGAAAUCUUAUCAGCUUGUGAUAAUAAUAAUAAUGGAAUAAUCAAGGAAGAGCUGCUAGCAUUGGGAGUGGGACCUGAAAUAAGCAUACCAGAUGUUGUGGAGAUUGAAAAUGUUGAAGAUGGUCACAUUGUUGCUAAGGCUAUUAUCUUGGUGGAAUCAAGCAAUGGCAAGGUGCCUUCCGGUGAAGUUAUUGUUGCAGCAGUGAGUCCUGCCUCAGAUAGAUCCAGCAAGUCUGACUUAGUGGCCUCUACACUGGUUAUUCAGUCACAUGGGGAGAAGAAUUUUGGUAAAGGAGGCAGCCGAAGUGUUUUAGAACAGGACUGUCUUCCUCUCUGGGGCUCUGUUUCUAUUUGUGGCAGAAGACCAGAAAUGGAAGAUGCAGUUGCUGCUGUACCUAGGGGUAUAAAGAUUCCUAUCAAAAUGCUUAUUGGCAAUCAUAUGCUCAAUGGAAUUGACCAGAAUUUGACACACCUAACCAGUCAUUUUUAUGGUGUUUAUGAUGGCCAUGGGGGAUCUCAGGUUGCUAAUUAUUGCCGUGAGCGUAUCCAUUUGGCUUUGGCCGAGGAGAUAGGAAUGAGUAAUGAUGAUUUAUGCAAUGGAGAUGUGGGAGAAAAUCAACAAGCACUGUGGGAGAAAGCCUUUACUUCUUGCUUUCAAAAGGUAGAUGAUGAGAUUGGAGGAAAAAUUAAUGGAGAUGCUUCUGAUGCUACAGUUGAGCCUGUUGCCCCAGAAACUGUUGGGUCUACAGCUGUGGUUGCAUUAGUGUGUUCAUCACACAUCAUAGUUGCAAACUGUGGGGACUCAAGAGCGGUGCUAUGCCGUGGGAAAGAACCCGUCCCGUUGUCAGUAGAUCAUAAACCGAACAGAGAGGACGAAUAUGAUAGGAUUGAGGCAUCCGGAGGAAAGGUCAUUCAGUGGAAUGGCCACCGAGUUUUUGGUGUUCUUGCAAUGUCAAGGUCCAUAGGAGAUAGAUAUUUAAAACCGUGGAUUAUUCCAGAACCAGAAGUGAUGUUUGUCGCUCGAGCCAGAGAGGACGAGUGCCUUAUCUUAGCCAGUGAUGGUUUAUGGGAUGUUAUGACGAACGAGGAAAUUUGUGAAGUGGCUCGACGGCGGCUACUGCUCUGGCACAAGAAGAACGGUGUGACAGCUUUGGCAGACAGGGGUUUGGGGGCCGAUCUAGCAGCUCAAGCAGCGGCUGAGUACCUCUCCAUGCUUGCCCUUCAAAAGGGCAGCAAGGACAACAUCUCUGUGAUUGUGGUGGAUUUAAAAGCUCAAAGAAAAUUUAAGAGCAAAUCCUAAUGGAUCAAAAGUUCACUCAGCAUUCGGUCUAAGCCUUAAUCUCCCCUACAUACUACUUAGAUAAGAAAAUCUAAUUCAUAUAUAUUGCUAAUGUCCAUUCGUUUUUUUUCUCUUGGGCUCAAAUGUGAUUUCUGAGUAAAGAAAUCUGUGUACUAUAAACAAAAGAACUGUAAUGUGGAAUGCCAUAUGUGUUUUUGGUA